UCUGAAAAGACCGCAGGACACACGGGAUUCUAUUCAUUUGGAUUACAUUAAACGCAGUACUCAUAAACAACUGUAUAUUCAGUAACGAUAAAAUCUCGUUUAAUUAACUUCCAGAACCAGCUGGCAUCUAUUAUGGAACUGAUAGAGAAGUCCGUCGUGGAAAUAAACAAACUUUUUGAAGACGGCACGUUUAGCUCUCCGCCUGGAGCUGUCUCAAAGCAGGCGCGAGAUCGACCUGCUGAAGUGACGAGGAGGCUGCACAUAUUCGAGAGCGAGCUGCACGCGGCGCAGAGCUGCGCAGGCGCCGGAGCGCGAGCCGUCACGCCGAGUACUGGCGGUAUCCAAGAGGAAGUCGAGCCCGAGAGAGUUGCUCGUCCGCUGGGGAGGGAUGCUUGAGGAAUGUAGUGUGAAUCUGCUGCGAAUCGAACCCACACCUGUCCAAAUGAAAAUGACUCCGAACAAUGGCCUUAAGGACUGAGGAGAUGUUUUGCAUAGUGAGGAACCUGCCUUUGAAGAUGAGUUCUCUGAGGAGCAAUGUGACAAACCUACCUGCAACUGCAGAGGAAAAGGAAUACUCCACAGAUCCAGACUGUUCCAAUAACAAGGUGGUAAAGGUGUCCAACUGCCAUUUAUCCCUUAUCCUGCCAAACAUCAUUAUCCUUGACAUUACCACAAACCUCCCCGCCAAUGAAGAUCUAGGCAGAAAAAGAAUUUAAAGCAGCUGGUGUUGGAGUCUGGUGCUUUUGCUGACUUUUCUGUGUGCUUUCUUUUUUGUGUUUUGCCUCAUUGUUUUUGUACUUGCUUGUGCUUUUCUGUUUAUACAGUAUGUUCAUAGUUCUCCCUGUUCCAGUUUAUCUGUCACCUGUGUGGUUCAACUGAACUUAGUGCUAGCUGGCUUGGGAAAAGUGUACAGAUAAAAGUCAUGUGACAUACACUUGCACAUGUAGUUUUGUUUGGAGUGUCUAAACCACACUAGGCAAAGGGUGAGUGUCAGCUGUGUAUUUUUGUUUGGGUUAUUUGGGCGUCUUCUGACACUGAAGAUACUUUUUCUGGUUGUGUUUGUUUGAUAUAGUUAGAAUAGUCUGUGCUACCUUAGAUUUGCUUGGGUUUGAUUUGUUCAUUCCUUUGACACUACCCAAGUUCUUUUCCCCAUGUGUCUUUGGAAUUGUAAUAUACAAUAUGUAUAACUUUUCACUAGCCCACUUCUCACUUACGUACAUAGUAAAUCACUUGCACCAAAAGUCUUGCUUAUUGCUUUUGGUCCCCAUCCAAACCACUGGCCUUCAGGCAACUUAAUGUUAUACCCUGUUACCCUUAGACACCUUGGGGUCAUAACACAGUCUUAUAAUAUUAUCAGAAACCUUUGCCAACAGCAGUUUACAAUGGUUGACCUGAAUGUCUCUCAAGAUGAAGGAUAUUCUGAAUGUUCUUUCUUCUGUGGGAUGGUUGCUAUUAUGAGCUGCGAAAACCAAACACAACCUUUCAGAAUAAGGACCUUCCCAUAGUCAAGAGCCAGUAAUGCACAUGGUAACAGUGUGCUGAUUUGGGGAUGUGCUGUUGUCGUGAUAGGAGCUGGGUCCCUAUUGCACAUGGGGCACAUUGUAUGUGCUGUUUGCAGGAGAUCUGCAUAGUUAUAUGCCUGACGGUAAUAUGGUGUGUAUGUGUGCGCGUGCCAAAAACAUCACUGAUCUUUAGAGUGUGUCUUAGACACUGCUUUAGAAUUUUAAAAAGAAACCCGAAUCAAUAACACACACACGUCACACCGCAAUUAAACCUGUUUGGCUGUUAAAAUUAGGACAGGUACCUUACUUCAUUACACGAAAUUGCCUUCGAUUCAAAGUUAUCGGAAAUUCCUUAAUAACAACAUACACUGUGAAAGAUUUUAAGGUUUUUAAUAUUAAAAAUAUCUGAACUGGAGACGUGUUUAAAUUACGUCAUUCUCUCCGUAGACCGCAGCUAAACCACGUGUAGAACUGGUUGGAUUGGGAGGGAUUGUGUCGUCAUUUCCGCUUGGAAAUGAAGCACGUGACGCCGUUUUAGAAACGGAGAUUGUGUUGCUGUCGCCGCUUUGCUUCACUUUGUUUCUUAUAGUAAAGUGCCGUAAACGCACAGCAGUGGUAAAUGCAGUAACUUUGAAUAAAUUGGAGUGAUGAAAAAUUGUCCCUCAGUAUGACCACCUCGUUCAGUCUCCACACUCAGAUCGCGUCCGUUUUAGAAGUGCUCGCGAAUGCGGCGGCCGCCGAGAUCUGCAAGCUCGUGGAGGAUGGAGCCGCGCUGCUACGGCUCGAGGUCUGCAGGCGGGACAGUGAGAUCGAGAGCCUCGGCAGGAAGCUGCGUGUGCUGGAUCAGGAGCUGCGGGCCGCACUCAGGCAGCCCGCGGCGCACUCGCGUUCCGUGGCGGUGCAGGUCGAUCCCGAGCUCGGAGACGAUCGGCACGGACAUGAAGAAAUGAUUGCUGCUGUAAGGAGAUUUCCGCUUAAGCAGAGAUCCAGUGAGGAAGAGAAUGACAUCGGCUCCACACCUGUCGAUGGUGAUGGGCAACAGAGCACAUGGACCACUGCUGCAGGUGGCCUUGAAGAACUUGCUGAGCAGUCGAACCCCAGGCACAGCGAUGUGGAUCUGAAUGGCCUUGAGUCUAUGCCGAAGGCUGAAAAAGAGGACGCUGCUGUGGCCCAGAUACUCAGUCAAAGUGAAUCAGAAGAUGCUGCUGGAAGUCUGCCCCUCUUGGAGAGUGAAAGUAAUGAGACAGACAGUGAGCUGUGGACGUUCUUUAAACUAGAUGACCGAGGGGCAAGUACCGCAGGUGCGGACGGCACCCUCAUUAUCAGACGGGACUCGGAGAUGGGCUCGGUUCUUGGCCCAGGUGCAGAGGAGUGUUGCGGUACAGCUCUGUCCUCUGUAGUCACGUCACAUGUUAACGUGCUGGAGAGAGCAGCUGGACUGGAGGAGACCGCUGGACGUGCUCUGAACUUGAACACUUGUGAGCACACGAAGAAACUGGCUGCUGCCCCCAGAGAGAAGUGGUUCAUCUGCUCUCAGUGUGGGAAAAGCUUUGAUCGCUUCAGCCACCUUGAAAGACACCAGAGAAUUCAUACAGGAGAGAAACCGUACAGCUGUGUUACUUGUGGGAAGUGUUUUUCCCAAAAAAGUAGCCUUAAAGGGCACCAGCGAGUGCACACGGGCGAGCGACCAUACAGCUGCGGCAUCUGCAGGAAGACCUUCUCCUGUUUGUCUAACCGCAAUGCUCACCAGUGCUCUCAUGCUGUCGUGAGAGCAUACAGUUGUUACUUGUGUGGGAACAGUUACUCACAGUUAAAUGCUCUUAAAAUGCAUCAGCGAAUUCACACGGGAACAAAAAAUUAAUGCACCGGUAAAUCCAAAGAGGCUACUCAGGGAGAGGGGAAAUGUGUGCACUGUGGCCAUGGAUUGUUGUAUUUUGUUGUCCCCCAGUGCAUUGUCACUGUCUAAUCACACACAUUAAGUCCAGCGCUAUGUCUGUAGGUGUCCUUCCAGAAGGUUUCUGACAGGGACUGUGCUUUGGUCUCUGUAAAACCGCUCAGAGCUCUUUAUGGCACAGGGUGUGUAGAAUAUGAGCUGUGUUCUACCUCAGUCACUUGUGAGUGUCUAAUGCGGAUGCUGUGAUUUGCAUAUGGAUAUUUUCCCUUAUGUAGUUGCAGUUAAUGCUGCUUUUUAUUUAAGCCAGCAGAUGUGUUCAUUACCCUAAUUACUGCAGUUAAUAUGACAGUAAUAUAAUGCUGUUAAGUUACACUGAGUAAAUAUUGGACACCAUUUGCUAGUAAUUCCAUCAUACAUAUUUAAGCAGGAAUAGUAAUGGAUUGGGGGCUGAAAGUAGUGUAGUAGUUAGGGCUCUUUCAUUGUAAGAUGAUGGUCCCUGGUUCGAAUCGCAAUGCUGCUCCAGUGCCCUCAGUAAAGGUACUUAACCUGAACGAAACAGUAAGACGACCUGCUGCAUAUAUGGUAAAUCAGUGUGGAGUUGUGUGUUUAACUUAGUAAGCUGUGUUGGGCAAAGGCUUUAGCUGAAUAAGGGUCAUAAUAAUACAAAGUGACUCCUGUGUCAUUCACUCAACCUUGUUUCAUAAAUGUUUUAAACAAAG